AUGACGGCCACUACAGCCAUAGCCUCCACAGAAAUGGGGCUUCUGCUGAGAGAUGGCGUUUUUGUUGACUUUUGCAACACAUUUCUGAAUCUUCCUGUUUUUGGCCAGACACCCAUUUACAUCAGCAGCACGGGCCGGUGGGACCUCUGGCCAGAGCUGCCAAGCCACCUGGAUCCCAGCCCCCCGACUUCACUGGCUUGGCUGGAAAAGCACCGCCUGCCUCACUUCUGCAAAUCCAGCUUGUGCCUCCACCUCGUCCUCUGCCAGAAGCUCCUGGGUUUCAUUCCGUCGGGGGAAGCAGCAAAACUGCUGAACUGGCAAAGUGCUGACCAGUGGCUGCUGGAGAAGUGUGUCAGCGGGAGCCAGGGCAUGUGGCACUUUCGGGCCUUCGUCCAAGGAAUGGCAGGAGAGGAACUGACCAACUUCUGGCUCACCACCGAAAGGCUCCUGGGGCUUGACGAGUCAGACACGAGGCAGAGGGACCUCUACCUGUCCUUGCUCCACAGGCCGAAAGCAACUCACCUGCGCAAAGGCUCCAGCAUCAUCACUCUCUGCAGGACCAUCGUUGGGUCGCUGCCAAAAGGCUGGCACGUUCAGCCCAUCAGCACCAGGAGGGAGAUCCUAAGCAAGAUGCAGGAACGGGCCCUUUUUAUGAUUCAGAGUUACUGGCUCCCUAAAUUCUUAUUCCACUGCAAGAUGGGCAUGGAAGAAGAGAAAUCUUGUCAGCCUCUGCUGCAGGAAUAUUGGGCAUGUUUAUUAUGGGCCAACUUGCAGGAGCCCUCAGGCUUUUCGGAGAAUCUCUUCAUGAUGCAUAUUAAAAGGAGCCAGGGUUUGUCAGGGCCCUGCUGCAGCAAGAAGUCCAAAGCAGAGAUCUGGACUCUGGUCAAGGAGGGAAGAGACACCCAAGGAAUGUAGAUGCUCAGUUCAGAAAAGCAGCCGGGGCCAGCGGGGAGCACAAAGGAAUCGCGUCUGGACAAAGAUGCUUUGGGACCAAUUCCUCAGCAGUCAGAGCAUCCUGCAAACACUGCCUUUGGAGGCAAAGGAGGAGCAACCUCUCCCAAAAGACCUAGACCCAAUGCAGAGCAGGUCCUUCGUCUGGAAGACCUCUGCAAAGAGAAAGUCCUCUCUAACUUGCGUUCCUCUACACCCCUUGUCUAGCUGCCAUCCCUGAAAAAGCUGGUCAAGACCUUGAGUUUCCUUCCCUGGGCCCUUAAGGCUGAGAGCUGUGCAGGAUGGCCCUUCAGGGACUUCUUGAAGCGCCAGGACCCGUCUGUGGAGACUUGUCUCCUGGAUCUGUGGCAUGACCUGGAGGAAUUUCUGCCCAUGGUGCUGGACCCCAGCAGAGAAAACAGUUUCUUCCUGCGUCAUUUGAUCGGGGAGAAGAUAUGCAAGAGCUACCUGGAGGAGGGCACCAUUCAGCAGCUUCCCCUGGAGACCAGGACUCUUACGAGCUUGCGGGACCGUCUGAUGUCUGGAGAAUUCUCCCCCUGGAUAUUCAGAGCCCGGAAGGAGAUUUGCAAGGUGCUCUGCUUCUUCCACAAGGAAUUUCUGACUGAUGAUGACAGGAUGUUCCUCCAGUUCAUGUCUCUGCAGAGCGAUGUCCCGAUGCCAGAGACUCAAAGCCAGGCUGUUGGGAAAGAUGAAUGUUUCCUCCUGUCCCGGAGGAUAAACACGUCCUUGAAGCUGAGCCAGGCCUUGCAUGCCACGAGGAACUUGGAAGGUCUCUCCUCCAAGCACUGGCGAUUAGUUGCCACUCGGGAUCUCCAGAAAGGGGGCUCCAUCCAGGCAGAGGUGGAACCUCUCCUGUGCAGGACUGGUUCUGAGGUCUCCAUCACAGACCCAAAGCACUUUGUGAAAGUACUGCACAACCCUGCCCACCUGCAGUUCUUGAAGCAGUUCCUCGAGGAGCGCAAUGCAGAUGAACCAGUGCAUUUCUGGAUGGCCGUGGAGAAGCUAGUCGCAGAGACCAACCUCAAGACAAAGAGCUUCCUCAUUAACAGCAUUCUCAGAAAUUAUUUCUGUGCUGAAAUCCCAGAUGAGGAGCAGUUGGACUGCCACACUUCAAUAAUCAAAGAAAUAAAUGAGGCCGAAGCAGUCGGCCCCUUCACGUUGAUGACAGCAAAGAUGUCCAGAAGGCAAUGGUUUAAAGAGUACCAGGACCUGUUCCCACCGAGCGAUACACAUAAGUCUAACCUUUGUUUGCAGCAUGGGAUGGGGAACUUCAUGACAGACAAGCUGCAGUGGGCCUGGUAUGCCAUUCACGACACCGUCAAGAGCAUCCGCGGGGAGAUGGACAAUGGCAAACACCACGCAGAGUUUGAGGACUUUCUCCAGCAGGAACUAGGAAAUGAGGAGGAAAACAGUCCUGGGUUUAGGCACCCCCAGGUGAAUGCCAUGACCACAAAGGCAGUAGAAGAGGGAAGUGGGUUUUCAUCCCUCCUGUUUCACUAUUCCACACCUUGUGGAUUGCUUUUUCUGGCCUGGUUUUCCAGGCUGGCUGAUUCGGUUGAAGCUCUGGCAGCCCGCAACAUGCAAUCAGAAAAGGAAGUUGCCGUUCUCAAAAGGAAAGUCACCAUUAUCAGCAAACUCUUCCUGAACUCUGAUAUUCCCCCAAAUUGUGGUGGCCAGGUAAACAUCUCUGAAGAAGAAAGAGAUUUAAUCUGGAGUUUAUCUUCCAAGGGGCUACUGAAUCGUGUCCUCUACCACAGGGCCGAGGCCAUCAUAUUCCCCAUCCUGAUGCACUUCUGGAGAAGGUUCUGCAGCUGGAAAGUGAUGAGGAGCUUUUGAGCCUCUACAAAGGACAGGGUGCCAAUCUCUUCGCCAAGUACAAAAACCUCCGAGUCAUCUGACAUUUACAGUCCAAGGAUCCAGAUCCUGCUGCCGCAGCCCCGGAAGAAAAUGGAGCCAUUGGAGGAGCAAAAAGAUCCAGAUAAAAGUCUUGAGAAAAGGCUCUCAUUCAGCAAGUCUGCCUCCUGUCCUGCAGAGCAGGCACUGAGGGAAGGGCAGACCUCCAAGGAAGAACAGACCUCCCAACCUACUGUCCACACUGAGCAGGGCAGGGGUGCGCUCCAAGAAAGCUGA